AUGGCGCACGUUCUCUCAUUACCUGUCAUCGGUCAGGACAUCGUCUACUUGCUAAGCAUCGUCUCUCUUGGAGCCGUCCUGGUACAUCUGGUGCCUUACAUUAUCGACCCGCGCGGGCUUCGCGCAUAUCCUGGGCCGUUCUUCGCGAAAUUCACAGAUGUGUGGUUGAGCUUGACCGUCUUCUCGAACGCAUGGUCUGAGGCGGUCGAGAAGCUACACAAGAAGCAUGGCUCAUUCGUUCGCAUUGGACCAAAUCACGUCUCUAUCGCGGACCCCGCGGCGCUCCCGCUGGUCUAUGGACACUCAAGCGGGGCGCUCAAGGCGCCGUUCUAUGACGCGUUCGUCAAUUUCAAGCACGCAAGCAUCUUUUCGACACGUUCGCGCGCAGACCAUUCACGUAAACGUCGCAUCGAGUCGCACAUGUUCGCGCCAAAGAGCAUACGCGCACUCGAGGGCACGACGCGCGUGCAUUUUGGCAAGUUCGUAAGCCAGUGGGACACUCUAUGCAAAUGUGUCGAAGGAUCGACGACAGACGGCAUGAUGGGCUCGUCGAAGUGGACGGUCAAGGACGGGCGGGUUUGGUUCAAUUCCAUGAUCUGGUUCAGCUUCUGGUCUUUUGAUACUAUCAGUGAUCUUGCCUUUGGCUCUCCUUUCGGCAUGAUUCCCGCCGCAAAGGACGAAACCUGGGUCGCCAAAUAUCCCAAAGGAGGAGUCGAGACCUUUGAGAAGUCCUCAUUUGAAAUGGAGAAAAUACCCGUUAUCAGUGUGCUUUGUGCGCGCGUCGAAGUGGGCCCCGUAUUCGGCUUCCUGCCCUCGCGCUGGUGGCCGUUGGCCAAAUGGCAUCCACGCAUUCGAGAGGGAAAUGGGGCUACUGCGAAACUGGCGGGUUUGUCGAUCGCGUCUGUCUCGAAGCGCCUGGAAAAUCCCGAGGCGAGGGAGGAUAUGCUACAAAAGUUGCUAGAGGGGCGCGAUGAGGACGGGAGCCCAAUGAGCCCAGACGAAGUGGCCGCAGAGUCGUUGACCCUCAUCGUCGCUGGUGCGGAUACUGUCGCUAACACAUCAUGUGCUGCGACGUUUUACCUGGGCCGACAUCUCGACGCCCAGGCUAAGCUUCAAGCUGAACUCGACGAGGCGCUCAUCGAUAUUGAUUCUGACGUUGCACCGUACGAGGCGGUCAAGGAUCUGCCGUACCUCGACGCGGUGAUCAAUGAAGUACUGCGCCUACACUCGACCGUCGGCGCGGGAUUGCCGCGCAUUGUGCCUGAGGGUGGGAUGAACGUGCUCGGGCAGACACUCAAGGAGGGGACAUGGGUGAGUGUGCCGAUCUACAAUGUGCACAGGAGCACAGAGUUGUGGGGCGAGGACGCGGGUGAUUUCGUGCCGGAGAGGUGGAUCAACAUGGAAGCAGAUGCGAAGGUGGGGAUGAUGCAAGCGUUUGUCCCGUUCUCCGUUGGCCCAAGAGCGUGUAUUGGGCGGAAUCUCGCGAUUAUGCAGCUUCAUAUUAUGAUUGCGACGAUCUUCCGCAGGUAUAGCUUUGUAGUGGAAGGCGAUGGUCCUCUAUUGGUGCAAGACAGCUUAGUCAGGAAGCCCAAGGAGUGUAUUAUUGGCAUCAAGCGCAGGGCGUUUUGA